AUGUGGCCCAACAGCAGCUUCAAUGCCUUCCUCCUGACUGGCUUUCCGGACUUGGAGGCAGCUCACCACUGGAUUUCCACACCCUUCUUUUUCGUCUGCCUCUCUGUCCUUUUCAGCAAUGGCACCCUUCUCUUUCUCAUUAAGGAAGAUCACACUCUUCAUGAGCCUAUGUACUACUUUUUGGCCAUGCUGGCAGACACAGACCUUGGGCUGACCUUGACUACGAUGCCCACGGUGCUGGGAGUCCUCUGGCUGGAUCACAGGGAGACUGGAAACGUAGCCUGCUUUUCUCAAGCCUACUUUAUACACUCACUUUCCUUUGUAGAAUCUGGCGUUUUGCUUGCUAUGUCCUAUGAUCGUUUCAUUGCCAUUCGAAACCCCCUUAGGUAUAUGUCUAUACUCACUAAUAACCGAGUGGUGAAGAUUGGGCUGGGAGUUCUGAUGAGGGGGUUUGUAUCUGUGGUCCCCCCAAUCUUACCCCUUUACUUUUUCCCCUAUUGCCAUUCCUCUGUCCUUUCUCAUGCAUUCUGCCUUCACCAGGAUGUCAUCAAACUGGCCUGUGCUGACACUACCUUCAAUCGACUGUAUCCAGUUGUGCUUGUAGUUCUUAUCUUUGUGCUGGAUUCUCUGAUUAUUCUCAUCUCCUAUGUGUUGAUACUCAAGAGUGUUCUGAGCAUUGCCUCCAGAGAAGAGAGGGUCAAGGCCCUCAACACCUGUGUAUCCCAUAUCUGCUGUGUCCUGGUUUUCUAUGUCACAGUGAUUGGGUUGUCUCUGAUUCAUCGGUUUGGGAAGCAGGUUCCACAUAUUGUCCACCUCGUUAUGAGUUAA